AUGUGUGGAAAUUUUGAGCGUUCAUACAUAUUCAUUUCAUCAUAUAUCAAAUGUUUUCCAAGCAAAGCUAAGCAAACCAAACCUAACAGGAAGUUUAAUGUUGUGAGUGUCUCUACAAAGCCACCAUUAGCUGCUAAAAUGGAGUGUUGGGCUUGUAGUAAGCAUAAAUCAUUUCUAUGUUGGCUGUUGAUGUUAAUGAUGAUACAUAUUCUAAUAAUGGCUGAGCAUACACAAGGGGAUUGUGUAGAAGAGGAGAGAAAGGCACUACUGGAAAUCAAAACCUCCUAUAUGAAGUCAUAUGGUUCUGAAAUUGACAAUUUUCUCCCUACCUGGGUUGAUUAUGGCGGUGGUACCCCUGGGGAUGGUGGCAGCAACUGCUGUGAUUGGGAGAGGAUCAACUGCAGCACAACAACGGGUCAUGUGACAGAACUCUCUUUGUACAAUUUAAUAGGGGUGGAAGAUGUUUACAUGGAUAAUGAGAGCAAGUUGUGGCCAUUGAAUGUUUCCUUGUUUCUUCAUUUUAAAGAGUUGACAAGUCUCAAUUUGUCACAUAAUUCUCUUGAUAAAGAGUUCAUGAAGUCAGGGCUUGAAAGGCUGUCGAGUUUGAAGAAGUUGGAGGUACUAGACCUCAGUUGGAAUUAUGAUAUUGACAACGGCAUCCUUCCAUCAUUAAAGACACUCACUUCACUCAAAGUCUUGGAUCUUAGCGACACUAGCUUGAAUGGAAACUUCCCUACCAAUGAAUUUGCUGCUUUAGAGAACUUGGAGGUGUUGGAUCUAAGCUAUUGUGGCUUCACUGGUACCUUUGAGGUUCAAGGUUCUGAGAGGGUUUCCAUAUUGAGGAAAUUGAAAAGUUUAAAUCUUGCGGGCAACUGGUUUAAUGAAAGCGUUAUAACAUCUCUAAGUAUCCUUUCAUCACUUAUAAACUUGGAUCUUAGCAGAAAUCCAAUGUCGGGACCAUUUCCAGCUCAAGAAUUUACUGCUUUAGAGAACUUGGAGAGGUUGGAUCUAAGCUAUUGUGGCUUCAUUGGUACCUUUGAGGUUCAAGGUUCUGAGAUGGUUUCCAUUUUGAGGAAGUUGAAAACUUUAAAUCUUGGAUCCAACAUAUUUAAUGAAAGCAUCAUAAGAUCUUUAAGUACCCUCUCUUCGCUUACAAACUUGGAUCUUAGCGACAAUCCGAUGUCAGGACCAUUUCCAGCUCAAGAAUUAUCACAUCUCACUAACCUGGAGGAGCUGGAUUUAAGUUCUACCCAUCUCAAUGGCACACCAAAUAUCCAAGAUUGUAAGACCUUAUCGAGAUUGAAAAGGCUGAAGAGUAUAAAUCUAUCAUAUAACAAUUUCAACAAGAGCAUCAUAUCAUGCCUAACUGCCCUCCCAUCCCUCAAGAUUCUUGAUCUAUCCUUUUCAACUUCACUGGGAACUUCCUUUCCUGUCCAAGAAUUCCUUAAUUUGUCUGAUUUGGAGGUCCUCCUCUUGAGCGGUAAUGGUUUCAAUGGAACAAUACCAAUUGAAGCUUUUGCAUCUUUUCACCAUCUGGAGGUCUUAGAUUUGAGUUGGAACAGUUUUGUUGGGAGCGUCCCAUCAGCAAUACAGGCAUUAUCUUCCCUAAGAGCUCUCUCAUUUGCUCGCAAUAAGCUCAACGGCUCAUUACCGGAUCAUGGGUUGUGUGAGUUGAAGAACCUCCAUGAGUUGGAUCUUAGCAACAACAUGCUCCAUGGAACUCUGCCUGAUUGUUUGAAAAAUCUGUCAUCUCUUAAGUUUUUGGAUAUUUCUUCAAAUCGAUUCACGGGAAUACUUGCGUCAUCACUCAUUGCUAAUCUUACAUCUCUAGAGUACAUUGAUUUUAGUCAUAACGUAUUUGAAGGUUCAUUCUCCUUCAGCUCCUUCUCCAAUCAUAUAAAGCUUCAAUUCGUUCGAUUCACAAGCGACAAUGACAAGUUUGAGGUGGAAACAGAAGAGCCUAUAGGUUGGAUUCCAAUGUUUCAGUUGGAAAUUCUUGAGCUAUCUAAUUGUAAUAUGAAAAUGCCUAAAGGACAUGUCAUUCCUGGGUUUCUAGUUCACCAGCACAAGUUACAGCAACUAGACAUGUCACAGAACUCCUUGGAGGGACACUUCCCAAAUUGGUUGGUUAAAAACAACACGUAUCUGGAACGUCUUGUUCUAAGGAACAACUUGUUUGUCGGCAUGCCUUUGUAUAGGAAUGCUAAUAUGAAGGGGUUGGAUAUGUCUGGAAAUGGAAUGAUAGGUACUAUUCCUGACGAUAUACCAAAGUUCUUUCCUAACAUACAGUAUUUGAAUUUGUCCAUGAAUAGUUUAAGUGGUGUUAUCCCAUCCUCAGUCGGUGAAUUGAGUAAAUUAUGGAUAUUGGGUCUAUCUGAUAAUGAGUUAUCUGGAGAAGUACCAAAGGGGUUGUUUACAAAUGUCUCUGGGUUGGAUUUCUUAAAACUAUCAAACAACAAAUUGCAUGGCGAGGUACUCUCAGGAAGCUUAAGCUGGGCUCGACUCCAAUUUGUUUACUUAGACAGCAAUCAUUUCACAGGGAAGAUUGGAAUUAAUAGCAGCAAGGAAACUCAUGAAUAUCUGAGAGUUCUGGAUAUUAGCAAUAACUUGUUUACAGGCAUCAUCCCUGAUUGGAUAGGCAACAUGAGUAGCUUGUCUGAACUUCUUGUGAGAAAUAAUAGUUUCCAAGGCCCAUUUCCUUGUGGAGCAGCUCCAUUUUCAUUUCUUGAUAUCUCCCAUAAUUCUUUCUCCGGACCCAUCCCGUCCUGUUUGAAUUUGCAAGACAUGGAGCAUCUUCUUUUGGGUUCCAACAAAUUCAUUGGAUCAAUACCCAAAUCCUUUCGUAAUUUGACUCAGGUUUUGACUUUGGACAUUGGCAACAACUACUUGUCAGGCAGGAUUCCGGAAUUUCUUGGUGAACUAUCCACUUUAAGGAUUCUUCUUUUAAGAAAAAAUAACUUGAGUGGCUCUAUUCCGAAGCAGUUGUGUCAAUUAAGUAAAGUGAGUUUGUUAGACUUAUCUGGUAACUCACUUUCUGGUUCAGUACCUAGCUGCCUUCAAAAUAUUACCGGCCCAACCGACCUUGCUUUCCUAAAAACUGUCAUGAUAGGGUUUUCCUUUGGUCACUAUUUCAAUUAUGGGAGGAUUCUACGGUGGUCGUUUUCUAGCAACUCCAUGUUCUAUGCAUUCAAAACAGAUGAUGAAGUUGAGUAUACAACAAAAAGGCUCUUUCUCAGCUACAAGGGACACAUACUUGAUUACAUGGCGGGAUUGGAUUUUUCCUGUAACAAGCUAACAGGUGAAAUCCCACAACAACUUGGAUUAUUAACCCAACUUCGUGCUUUAAACCUGUCUCACAAUCAGCUGACUGGACCCAUUCCUGUGAGCUUCUCAAAUCUUGCAAAAAUAGAGAGCUUGGACCUUUCUUCAAAUGGUUUGACCGGAAAAGUUCCUUCACAACUCACUAAACUUACCUCUCUAUCUACUUUCAAUGUUUCUCGUAACAAUCUCUCUGGCAGACUCCCAGAAAUGCAAGCACAAUUUGGUACCUUCACAGAGGCAAGCUAUGAAGGGAAUCCACUUCUUUGUGGACCACCACUCGUGAAGAAAUGCACAACUACUAAUUCACAGCUGACCAAUCCAUCAGAUGGAGAAGAAGAAAAUGAGAAAUGGUAUGAUAUCGAUAUGGCAUGCUUCUACGGAAGUUCUAGUUCCACAUGUUUUGUCUUCUUAUCGGGAUUUGUUGCAAUUCUUUACACCAAUCCUUGGUGGCGUAGAAGGUGGCUAGACUGGGUUGAAGAUUGUAUGUUUACAUUUUAUUACUCCCUUUCUGAUCUGGCAAGGAAGCCUUCCCUGACCAUUCAUAAGCAGGACCUCCAUUAGAAUGCGUGAUAAAAUAAAUGCAAACUUGUUUGUAUGUGUAUUCAUAUGUAUGAUGAUGUAUAAAAAAAGAUUCUACUAAUUUUUUUUUUCAAAUGAAU